GUUCCAUUCUUAUAAGCGUCCGGGUUUCGUCGCGGUCUUUCCAGUUAUCAACAUUCAAUCAAGAUCCUUUAAUCCUAUGCAUCAUUAAUUCAUCACAUCUUCUCCUCGACUCCGCCGUACUAACAGUAGCACAAUUACAUCGUGGCUCCCGGGAUAAAGUAUAGUAAUUAACACAAGGCGGCCAGUCAUAACGCGAAGAUGCCUUUCGACACCGAGCUGACGCGCCGCCUGGGCAUCAAGAUUCCUGUCGUACAAGGUGGCAUGCAGCAUAUUGGAUAUGCUGAGUUGGCCGCUGCUGUUUCGAACGCGGGAGGCUUGGGUAUCCUCACAGCUCUCACCCAGCCGACACCAGAGGAUCUGAGAAAUGAAAUUCGGCGGUGUAGAAACAUGACCAAAAACCCCUUUGGCGUCAAUAUCACACUGCUGCCUACUCUUGUACCACCAAACUAUGCCGCCUACGCCCAAGUCGUCAUCGACGAGGGCGUCAAGAUAGUCGAGACUGCUGGUAACAGCCCCGGUCCUGUUAUUUCCCAGCUGAAGAAGGCUGGCACCAUUAUCCUCCACAAAUGCACCACGAUCAGGCACGCACAGAGCGCUAUCAAGCUCGGUGUCGAUUUCCUCUCCAUAGAUGGAUUCGAAUGCGCAGGACACGUGGGCGAGUCAGACAUCACCAACUUUAUCUUGCUCACCAAGGCGCGUCAGACACUCAAGGUGCCAUUUAUCGCUUCGGGAGGUUUCGCCGAUGGCCACGGUCUAGCAGCCGCCCUAUGUCUUGGUGCCGAAGGUAUCAACAUGGGCACCCGCUUCAUGUGCACCGUCGAGGCGCCCAUCCACCAGAAGAUCAAGGAGCAGAUCGUCAAGGCCCAGGAAACUGACACAGCCUUGGUGAUGCGCCGCUGGACCAAUACCACUCGGCUGUAUCGCAACAAGGUCACCGACCAAGUUGUCAAGAUCGAAAAGGAGAGUAAGACGGGCGAAUUCGCCGAAAUCGCCCCCUAUGUGAGUGGCAAACGAGGUCGGGAAGUCUUCGUAAAUGGAGAUCCUGAAUAUGGCGUCUGGACUGCUGGGCAGGUCAUUGGUCUUAUCCAUGACAUACCGACAUGUGCUGCUUUGCUAACUAGAAUCGAGAAGGAGGCAGAAGAAACGCUCACCUCGAAGCUUGCAUUGGCUAAACCCCAAAGCAAGCUGUGAAGGGGCUAUCUGUGCAACGUGUUAUCAUUGCAAUUGCUAUUACGAUGUCCUAUAACCAAUGUCUUCUAUUCAUGGGCCAAUGGCGUUAUUUACUGCUUUCAUCAUGGGAAUUUAGCUAUCGUUGAUGCUUCAUUACAUAGAUAGUGAUAUUAAUAUCAUUAGGUCUUGUGAUAGGAAUCCAAAAUUAACACACAAUCUUCAUAGUCCCUUCUUUAUAUUACUACGGGAUUGACCUUAGCAUAUCCUAAACUACAACCCCUUUCCCCCCAAUAUAUUUCCCUAAAGAAC